GCAUCUGGGAUUAAAUGGGAUUAAAUCCAGUUCCUGGAUCCUUGCUUAAAAUCUCAAUGCCAACAUUCCCUGUGGUGGUGAAGAUCGGACACGCCCACUCUGGAAUGGGGAAGGUGAAAGUUGACAAUCACAGUGACUUCCAAGACAUUGCGAGUGUUGUGGCCAUCACUCAAACCUACACCACCACAGAGCCUUUCAUUGAUGCUAAAUAUGACAUCAGGGUCCAGAAGAUCGGUUCUGACUACAAAGCGUACAUGAGAACAUCCAUCUCUGGCAACUGGAAAUCAAACACUGGCUCUGCCAUGCUGGAGCAAGUAGCCAUGACUGACAGGUAUAAGCUGUGGGUGGACACCUGUGCGGAUGUCUUUGGAGGUCUAGACAUCUGUGCUGUUAAAGCCAUACAUGGAAAGGACGGAAAGGACUAUAUCACUGAGGUGGUGGGCUCGUCGAUGCAGCUGAUUGGAGAUCACCAGCUGGAGGACCGUCAGCUGAUCACUGCCAUCGUUCUGGCCAAGAUGAACCAAGACUCGGGCCGCACAACAGCUCGAUCCCCUCAGAGACCUCCAACCACUGUCCAACCUGCACAAAGUGCUGCCUUAAAAGAAAGCCUGACUGACCCCAGCAAGACCCUCGGCCAGCGGCCCCCUCCACAAGGGGGGGCAGUGAAACCCCAAGACCCACAACCUAAGAGUCAAGAGCCUACACCUGAGCCAGUCCCUGACCAGGAGCCUGUGCCCAAAGCAGGCCCUACCCCAAUUCUACCACCCACCAUGCAACAGCCCAAAGCCCAGGCUCAAACCGCACCUGAACCCACUCCAGGGAAGCCAACGGAACUUCCCCCAAAACCCCAACCUCCCAAACCCCUUCCCCCAAAGCCUGUGCCUCCAGUUCGGAGGAACUCCAAGCCUCAGAUCCAACCCAAACCCCAGACCCCACCUCCCACCAAGGCCCAACCGAAAGCUCAACUGGGCAACACAGAUCAGAAUCUUGGGCAAACCCAGCCAGAUCCAGUCCCUGCUCAAGAGCAAUCCCCAGCCAAAGGUCCUGUUAAACCCCCGUCACCAGCUAAACCGCAGCUCCAGCCUAAACCAGUGCUCAGAGAGCAAGUCAAACCUGAAGCCCGAGCACAGACUAAUGCUCCAUCUGAAGCCCCUGUUAGAGCAACUGCUUCCCCUGCUCCCACCCCAGCCCCGGCCCAACCUACCCCAGCAAAACCCACUCAAUCUCAGCCUCCUGUGGAGGAACAGCCUGCACCCCAGCAGAAGUCAACCCAUCCUCUGUUGAACAAAUCCCAGUCCUUGACCAACGCCUUCAACGCCUUUGGCGAGACUUUCCGCUCCAGCAACGAGGAUGAAGCUAAGGCGGAGACCAUUCGAAACUUGCGAAAGUCUUUUGCAAGCCUGUUCUCUGACUAAUGACAAAACCCCGCAACCGAAAGGUGGCCAGGCACUCGAGUGACAGAUAUGCAUCCUGGUCUGAGGUUAAUUCCAUGUAGCUGUGUACAUUUAACCCCUCCUCCCAACUCUGCUGUAAUUAUCCGAGUGAAGGUUAGAGUGAUGUACAGUGAUUGUUUUCGCGAGAUGUUGGUGUUUACGUUUUUUGAGUCGCUCUGCUCCGAAACACUGGGAUUUAUAUGAGGAGGGAAUGACUCUUAAGCAAUCAGAUGCAGGAGGCUGGAGUAUGCUGAAUUCGUCUAUAGCCCCUCGAUGUUGUAGCUGUAUCAUGGUAGUGUGUUUUCUUUACCCGGAGACAAAUAUCUGUGACUAGUUUCCCUUGUUUAUCCCCUGUAGUGUGUGUGUGUGUGUGUGUGUGUGCGUGUAACUAUUUGAUGUGUUGUAAGCAUUAGCCAGUGAGACAUUAGUUCAACAAUACCUCGGAAUCUUUAUAAAAGCACUUUCCUCUUCAAGUUUCCUACAGUAAUCAAUGCUUGGACUGGUCGGUUUCAGUGCAGUGGUGGGAUUUCAGUGGAACGCCUGGUGUUUUAGCGACAUAGCUUGCAUCCAGCACUUAUCAACCUGUCAAGAUAUUCAUGAGUGCCAUGUUUAAAGUAUCUCUGCAUAUUGUAUUGUACUGUAUGUUUAACAUCUCAGGAGUUUAAUUUGAAUACAUGUUUAUUCCGGCGUCACACUGUUCAUGUUGUGUUUUCGUUGUGCACAGUAUUAUUGCUUUGCAUGACCCGGUGAUAAUUGUUUUCUCUGUACAAGUGUCAAUAAACACGUGGCGCAUCAUUCCACUGACAUACCGGCGUGCUCUGUGCUCCGUUUGCCCAUUAUAUGUACAUUCAGCUGAAGCAUCAAGUGGCCACACUUACUGUUGUGCAUGUAUUUGUAACCUUUUUGCAGUAUUUGUUUGUUUCUUCACAUUUUAAGAACCAAUGGACCCAAUCAGUAAGUGUAAACAACAAUGCCCUAGCCAUUUGGUUUUCAAAAGG